GUGAGUUAUACAUCAAGUAAGCACAGAUGGUUGUCGCAUAAAUAGUGAUCGCAUGGGUCGAAAGUAGAGCAAAUCCUGGCUCCAAUGUCGGCUUUAGAACGUAGAGGGAGCAGUAGCUCCGGUGAGUGUGUAGUAGAACGCAUUUAUUCCGCCAAUGAUGCGAACGAACAGCCACAACCACCUAAGCGCCAGUAUACACCAGUGGCUACAGUAAGGCGCGCUGUAGACGAACAGAAUAUAAAUCAACGAAUCAAACAUAGCGAUGAACGGAAACAGUGGACCGCCAUCAAGGCAUUGAUGAAAAAAAUCAAUUCACUCUCCGAUUCACUGGGCGAUGCCGGUUGGGGUCCUCCAUACGAAAUACCUACGAAACCCACUCGUAAAGGACCAACUAUGGGACUGCAUUUUGGACAUGCAAAACGUCUAGAGAACUGCUGGUUAAUCAUGCAAACACCAGACUCAAUGGAGAGGUAUUCUUUCUACGGUAAACUCAUGCAGCAUACCAGCUGCGCACCGUAUGCCAUUACGAACGUUACAUAUGGCCAUGUAGUAGGUAUAGGAAGAUGUGUACUUUGCGGUACGCAGUGUGGUAAGGUAGUCAUCUACAAGAUGGAGGACUUUGAACGCGUGCUCGUGCUGGACACCUUAGACUACUACUCGGAGGAACAACAGCCGCGCCCCGAAGUACCCGAGAGUGAUAAUGAUGAAGAUUCUGUGCGUGCUCCGACUAUGUUUGAAAUUAACUCUAUAAAGCUGGUGAAGACAUUUGAUGAAUAUGCACGCACGCUCAUCAUUGGUAACCAACUGGGUCAUAUACUAAUCGUAGACCUCCCAUCGAUGAAAUUGAAGAAUGUGAUUUACUAUCUGGGUGAUGAUGGUGCGCACGGCGUCAAGACUCUCCCUAGCAAUACGGAUUACGAUAUAGAAGUAGUGAGUGAAGAUGAAUACGGUGAUCCAAAGCAACAGCUAAUGUUCAAGCUACCAGUAAAACGUGAUCAGCACGUUACUUAUAUAUCAGCCAUGAGAGUGCAACCCGUAAUAAAUGAUGUAUGGGUAGGAUAUGGCGACGGUACAUUUGCAGUGUUCGAAAUAGCAUCCGGAAGGUGCAAGAAAUACGUAUCUGCAGAUAUCAUGGAGCGUGGAGGAGCAUCGUCUGGUGUCGAAAUAGAUCCCAGAUGGCAACGUGUGACUAGCAUACACUUCUCAAGUAUGCUGGAAAUCGCACUUAUUGUGUACGGCAACGUACGAGUAGAUGUAUGGGACUGUCGCAGCUAUGAAAUGCUGAAGUCAGUACCAGUAGGCGUACUGACAUGCGACUCAAGCCUCAUAUCCUCAAUGAGAUUAUUCGACGGAUUUGAAAAAACGUGCCUCCUAUUCGUUGGAUCCAUGGAAGGAUCACUAAUCAUCCGGAAAAUUGAACGUAAUUCAAGCAAUGAAAUAACAAUGUCACUAGUGCUUAACCUGCUAUACGAUAUUAAAUACGGACCUUCAAAUGACCGCAAAAAAGAUGGGAAUGACCUGGAGUAUGCCGACUUCAGAGGAGCACCGAUCACAUGCAUCUACCCACUGCUCUCCCAUAACGCAGUUAUAGUAGGCAACGCCUGCGGAGCUAUGGUAGCAGCGUGGAACAUACGCCGCGCAAUCAAAGAAGCAUAGAAACAAACAUGUCUAACAAUGUUAAUAUACGAUAGUGCCCAAACGUGGGAUGUAAUGUAAAAUAAA